AUACCAAACAUGGUUAUCCUUCUGGUGUCUCACUCCACUCAGUGGUGCCAAGGGAUGUGCAUUCCAAAUUAAACACUGUGAAGAACAAGAAAGAGGGAGAGAGGAGGAGGGAGAGAGAGGGCGAAAGUGAGAGAAGGAAACAAACGGAGAGAGAAACCUCAAUUAGAUUCCUAAGUCUUUCCAGUGGCUAAUUAAGUCAGUCGUGUUUUCUUUUUAAGUUUGAUUUGAAACUCAGCAGCACAAAUAUUGAGUCCUCGUCAGCACCAAGGAAAGGGAGCAAACCUUUAAUCAUCUUUUUUUUUUUUAACAUAAACCUUUGUAUUUUUUUGCAGAAGAAAACCUGAUAUUUCUUUGUGUUCAAAAUAUAGUGUAGCUACUUUUUUAUUAUUAUUAUUGCAGAGAAAACGUUUACUUUUCCAAGUGGAUUAUUAUUUUUUUAAGCGUGGUUUGGGGGUUUUGAUACAAGGAGAGAUGUGGAAAGACAACUUAACGGUGUUUGAGACCAUGAUCUACGGGCAUUCCCUGUGCACAGAGUGGAACAAUGGCACGGAAGGCGCAAUAUACCAGUUGGGGAGCAUCAUCUUUACACUGGGCUACAUGGGGGGCAGCGGGGUGUUCGGUACCAUUUACAUCUACAGCCUGUUGGCUCCUGGUUUCUUGUGCUAUGCCUUGUGGGGCUGGUUGGAGGCUUGUGGGGCGGACAUUUUCUCCUGGAGUCUCUUCCUGCUGCUCCUGUGUCUCCUGCAGUUGGUUCACCUGGUCUACAAGCUGCGUAAAGACAUCUUUGAGGAGGAGUUUGACAGCCUUUACAAGUGCAUCUACCUGCCCCUGGAGGUGCCCGUCCCUGUCUUCAAGGAGAUUGUGAAGGGUUGUGAAAGCCAGGCCCUGUCCCUGGCAAAGGACCAGAACUAUGCCGUGGAAGGGAAGACCCCCAUCGACAGACUCUCCUUCCUUCUCUCUGGGAGGAUCCGGGUUUCCUUGGAAGGCCAGUUUCUCCAUUAUGUUUUCCCAUACCAGUUUAUUGACUCUCCAGAGUGGGAGUCUCUGCGACCCACAGAAGAGGGGACUUUCCAGGUGACCUUGACUGCAGAGACAGACUGUCGCUACAUAACCUGGAAGAGACGAAAACUCUACCUCUUACUGUCCAGAGAGCGAUAUAUUGCUCGACUUUUCUCGGUCAUGCUGGGGAAUGACAUCACUGACAAGCUCUACUCCCUCAAUGACAAGCUAUUUGUCAAGAGUGGAAUCCGCUUUGACAUUCGACUGCCCAGCCUCUACCAUGUCCUGGCCCCUUCCACGGAUAUGGAUUGUGAGAAGGGUCACAAGCAAGGAGACGCAAUCACGCCAGACGAACAAAUGACACCGCCACUGUCUGCGUCCCGAAAGGCUGCCGCUCCCCUGCCCCAUUCUAGCAAUUCUUCCCAGGACCACUGGUUGACAGACACCGAGCUGCCCGCUGGUGAAAGGCCACCAGGAAGCUUUCCAAACCGUUUUCAGAGAAGACGGGCCCCUCUGGCUCCUACUGAAACCCCGGAGCUCUGAGACCCACCAACCCGACCAAGACACGCAUAUGGACGUCUGCUUUUACUGAGGGCGGAAGAGUCGCACAACCUCACAAAUCAUUUCCACAGAACCUCAUCAACAAUGCGCUUUAACUGCAGCCCUGCACAGCUGUCCCUAAUUCUUUGGUUUAAUUUACUUGAGUAUAUAACAGUAUAUAACAUUAAAGGAAACAUUAAACGCCUGCUCAUAGUUAUUUAUUUCAGAGUAAAAGUGUAUAGCAAUAUAUUGCUGGUAUCGAGGCGAAGAAAACUGCUUUUUGUUAUAAUGUUUAUGCACUCUUCUGCUAAAUUUGGCACUGACCAUUUCAGGGGAAAUUAAAAUCACAUUAAGGUUUAUAUGUGCUGUUUUUAAUAUAAGUUUGUUUUCCUUCUAAGAUUCCUACUAAGGGACACUCAAGAAUGUUUUUUUUCUUUAUUAUAGAACUAUUAAUAGAUAUUCAAAUUUGUUUUAACCAAAGGAGAGUUCUUUAUAUAUGGGGGGUGGGGGGUAAGGUAGGUGGAACUAGGACACAAACACAAUCAAGUAACGUAGACUUAAGGUCACACAAUGAUAGUGGCUUGAAACUUCAAACAUUAACGAUAGCGUUCCACAGCUGGUAACUCAUAACUUAGACACACUCUUGAGUAUUUAAUGUAACCCUUAUUUUUUGUAAUAUUUUAGUUUUAGUUGACUUACCAAAAAUAAGAUUUUGGCAUAAGUACAAUGAUAGAUCUGGCCAUAUUUAUAUGUGAUAUUAUGUGUCUACAGUAGCUGUUUACUAGCUGACUGUUUUUUUUUUUCAAUUAAAGCAAUACAACCAUAUAUUAUUUUAGGCUAAUAAUUCCAGACCCAUCUUCUUCCAUAUUUGUUUUAGGGUGAUUACAGCACAUUUUAGGGCAAAAACACAAGCUCUGGUGUGGAAGCAACACAUAUUAAUUAAUGAACUAACACUAUAUACUGACAUCUGAUUAUAAGCAUUACAUAUCACAACAAGGUUUGCAGUAUGUGCACCACAGAACCACUGCUCAGCAUAGCAAUGUUUUCUGGGUUACGUCAUACAGCUGCAGGUUUUCUAGGAGACUUGGUUUUAAAGCAAUAAACACAUUACUUUGUUUCUA